UUUCAGGUUUCGCCGUGUGUGUGUAGCGUGUAUGCGUGUUGUUUGUGAGUGCGUGAGUGAGGGAGUUUGAAGUGUGUUUUUAACCGUUCCCAGCCUGGAUACUGUCACAGCCUUGCACCGCAGCAAAGCUCCGUGUUCCUACAUGCAAGUUACCGUCGGGACUCCACAGUCUUUGGCCAGCAAUGACCGAAAGCCCCGCAGCCAAACUAACCAAUGGGGAUGUAAGUCAGCGCGUGAAAAACGGUCUGAAACCGGAGCGAAACGGGCUGUUGAAGAGCCUGCAGCGCUGCCAUGAGCGGCAAACUAAGCACCAGUGCCAUCCCGAAAAGGAGGUCCAUGCAGCAUCACACCAUGACAGCCUGUACAGACGGCCUUUCAUUGAGUCUUUUGAGGAGACGCCCAUGCUCGUGGCUGUGCUCACCUACAUGGGCUAUGGUAUCCUGACCAUCUUUGGCUAUCUGCGGGACUUUCUUCGUCACUGGAAGAUUGAGCGUUGCCACAUUGCCAGGGAAAAGGAGGAGCAAAAGGAGUUUGUGCCCCUCUACCAGGACUUUGAGAACUUUUACACCAGAAACCUCUAUAUGAGAAUAAGAGACAAUUGGAACAGGCCAAUAUGCAGCGUCCCAGGAGCCAAAAUGGACCUGAUGGAAAGAGCUUCCCUGGAUUACAACUGGACAUUUGAAUACACAGGGCGGGUAGUUCAUGAUGUGAUUAACUUGGGCUCGUAUAAUUACCUCGGCUUUGCUGAGAACACAGGCCCGUGUGCUGACUCUGCAGCCGAGGUCACCAUGAAAUAUGGUGUUGGAGUUGCAAGCACCAGGCAGGAGAUAGGCAAUCUGGACAGACAUGAGGAGUUGGAGAAACUUGUGGCUAAAUUCCUUGGUGUGGAGUCAGCUAUGGCCUUUGGAAUGGGCUUUGCAACCAACUCCAUGAAUAUACCAGCUCUGGCAGGCAAGGGCUGUCUCAUUCUAAGUGAUGAGCUGAACCAUGCCUCUCUGGUCCUGGGAGCCAGACUCUCUGGGUCCACCAUCAGGGUCUUCAAACACAACAAUAUGCAGAGCCUUGAGAAACAGCUGAGAGAAGCCAUAGUUCACGGACAGCCAAGGACUCACAGACCAUGGAAGAAGAUCCUUAUUGUGGUGGAGGGCAUUUACAGCAUGGAAGGCAGUAUUGUGCGCCUUCCAGAAGUGAUUGCCCUAAAGAAGCGCUACCAGGCCUACCUUUACCUUGACGAGGCACACAGCAUAGGGGCCCUGGGGCCAAGAGGGAGAGGUGUGGUCGAUUACUUUGGUCUAGACCCCUGUGAUGUAGAUGUCAUGAUGGGCACAUUUACCAAGAGCUUUGGCGCUGCAGGGGGAUACAUCGCAGGGAAAAAGGAGCUUAUUGAGUACCUGCACUCCCAUUCCCACAGUGCAGUUUAUGCGGCCUCCAUGUCUCCUCCUGUGGUGGAGCAAAUCAUCACUUCUAUGAAGUGCAUUAUGGGAGAGGACGGCACAACAAUAGGCAGUAAGCGUGUACAACAGCUGGCAGAGAACACAGUCUACUUUCGCAAGAGGCUUCGAGAAAUGGGAUUUAUAAUCUAUGGGAAUGAGGACUCACCUGUAGUACCCAUGAUGCUUUACAUGCCUGCGAAGAUAGGAGCUUUUGGCAGGGAGAUGCUGAAGAGGAACAUUGGGGUGGUAGUAGUCGGUUUCCCUGCCACUCCCAUCAUUGAAUCUCGUGCCCGUUUCUGCAUCUCAGCCGCACACACAAAAGACAUGCUUGACAGGGCGCUGAGUGUCAUCAGUGAGGUAGGAGACCUUCUUCAGCUCAAGUAUUCCCGUCACAGAAUACAACCGUCUUUGGUGCGGCCCUUUGAUGAUAAUGUGUAUGACGACAUUGACGACUGAGGAAACACUCCCGAAGUGGCACGAAGCAGAACAACCUAAGAAAAGACAGAAUGCUUCGUGGGUCACAAGUCUUCCACAAGGACAAAGAUAUUCACAGGUGGUCUUGUCACCAGCUUGCCAUUAUAUUACCCCCCCCGACAGAAGAACAUGCUAAAAAAUGUGUCUAAUUUGCCUUACUGAAGUGCGAAACUGAAAUGACCAUGCUGAAAAACUGCAAAUCUGCUUUCUCCUGUGUACACUUUACUUUUAUUUUUACUUUUUUAAGUUUAAAAGAAAAAAAGUUGUACUCUGUACUCUGCAGUGCUUGGUGAUUUUUCCUGUUACAUUUGUGGAUAUGUUACUGAACAAAUGGAUGAAUGUCGACUUUCCAAGUGUCUCUCAAAUUGCAAGCUGCUGUUUUUUUUUUUUUUUAUUAUUCUUAAAGUGACAAAUUAAAAAAACUUUUAACAUGACUGAAGUUCAACUUCAGUUUCCAGUUAGCAUACAGAUAAGUAAUCAUAGCUCAAGGCCCCAAUAUGAAUGUCACCUGAUAGCCUAUCAUUAAAUAUCAAACAAAUUGAUAAGGACUUGAACCCCUAUCUGCCCUUGGUCCAUUUUAUUCUUUUUUUAUGGUUCUUAAAAAAAAGAUAAGCAAGUUUACAAAGUUCUGCUGCAGACAAGUAAAGGUUUAAAUAUUCAUUAAUCCUGUCUUUACAUUUUCGAAAAUAACCAGAAUUUUCAUCACACCACCUUUUUGUCAUUCCGUUUUUUUCUGCUGUUGUUCUCAUCGUUAAAAAUGACUGUGAGGAGUAAGAUGGCCUCCUUCAUGCAGUUGUUUUCAUUAGUCUGUAAAUGAGGUGAAUGGCAUAGUGCACUUAAAGUGUUACCUUCACAAAGGUUCGUUACAAAGGCAACACAUUCACUUUUUAUCACUGCACUGUUUUAUGUUGUAUUAUCAUUCUUUCAUUUUGUUCUUUGUCUGUCAUGGCUUCUAGGUUAAGCUGGCUGAAUUAUCUGCUCUAUUAAACUAGAAGAGCGAUAUCAACAGCCAAUAAUAGUGGUAUCAAUUUUUAUUUUUUUACAUUUAAAAAAAUUUGCAGAUAGCAUAUUCACAAAAAUGUCUUAACUGGUUGGCUUCAUUGUUUUAUAAAAAGCCAAGUCAGAAAAAAAAACAUGAAAUUACUUUUUAUUACUUGAGAAAUGCAUCUGCCUUAGUUAUCACCAAGACACUCUGCCAAAUAAAUGAUAGUAUAUGAGCAUGUCAAAAAGCCCUGCACUAUGAUUAGUUUUACAGAUUGUACUGCCAUGUUUUAAACUUGUGACUUGUAAAAGCAGCUUUUGAUUCAGAAUUAUAAUGCUGUUAAAAAGAAAAAUUAUGUGUUCUAAAUCUUGCAAUACAAAUUCAAACCAUAACUUUUUGUAACAUUUUGAACUGUGUUUGCCACUGCUGUCAUGUUUCUUGUUGCCAUCAUUUUCUUGACAAACUUACUGUGCAGUUUUAACAUUUUACAGGAACUACACUGCGUUCCAAGUUAUUAUGCAAAUUGGAUUUUAGGGUCAUAAACAUUCAAGUUUUUG